UGUGCUCUUUGUGUCGUUUCAAGAAGUGUAGUAAUCAUUUUCUUCUUCACUGCUCGUACUUCAUUUCAGUUAGAGAAGAUCAAUGGCUACACCAAAAGAGCAUGUUGAAGUGAUAAGAAGGACAAAAUUCUCUAUUGGUGGGAAUCCUAAUCCUUUGACUGAGGAUCUACAUCACGCUGUUAAGAAUCUCUCUGCUGAGCUUUAUGCAAAGGAUGUCCAUUUCCUAAUGGAGCUCAUACAAAAUGCUGAAGAUAACCACUAUAAUGAGGGAGGGAAGCCAGCACUUGAGUUUGUCAUAACUUCUGAUGAUAUUACUGCUACUGGUGCUCCAGCCACAUUACUUAUUUUCAAUAAUGAAAAGGGUUUCUCUCCAAAAAACAUUGAGUCCAUAUGCAGUGUUGGAAGAUCCACAAAGAAAGGCAAUAGGAGCAGUGGUUACAUAGGAGAGAAAGGAAUUGGUUUCAAGAGUGUGUUUCUGGUUACCAUGCAGCCGUAUAUUUUUAGCAAUGGAUAUCAGAUAAGGUUCAAUGAGAAGCCUUGUCCACAUUGCAGUCUUGGGUAUACAGUUCCUGAAUGGGUUGAGGAGAAGCCAACCAUUGUCGAGAUAAAGCAGAUAUAUGGUGUUGGUAAAGACCUUCCAAAUACAACCAUUGUCUUACCCCUAAAGCCGGAUAAGGUCGACCCUGUUAAACAGCAGCUUUCAAGCGUUCAUCCAGAAGUCCUGUUGUUUCUUACAAAAAUAAGACACCUUUCAGUCAGAGAAGUUGCUGAAAAUCCCACACAGAACACUAUAACUGCUGUAUCUAUUUCAAGCGAAAUAAACUUCGUGACGAGGAAAAACAUGAAUGCUGAGUCUUACACACUGCAUCUCUCUGCAGAGGAAAAUAGUAAUGCUGAGAAAGAGUGCAGCUACUACAUGUGGAAGCAAAAAUUUCCGGUCAGGUCAGAAAAUGUGGUUGAAAGGAGAACAGAUGUUGAAGAAUGGGUUGUGACACUGGCCUUCCCAAAUCAGGAGAGGCUUCAUAGGGGUAAAAGCUCACCAGGGGUCUAUGCAUUUCUUCCUACAGAGAUGGUCACUAAUUUCCCUUUCAUUAUUCAAGCAGAUUUUGUCCUUGCCUCAUCUAGGGAGACAAUUCUCUUGGAUAAUAAAUGGAACCAAGGGAUACUUGAAUGUGUUCCAUCGGCCUUUAUGGAUACAUUCAAAACACUUGUUGUAGGAUCCGAUCAAGCUCCGGUAUCAAGUUUGGCUCGUAUGUUCAAGUUCCUUCCCAUUGAAAGUUCGCCAUUUGAGAAGUUUAAUCAUGUGAGGGACAAAAUCAAAGCAAAGUUGGUUAAUGAAAAUAUUGUUCCUAUUGAGACAUAUACGAAGCAGAAGCACUUCUAUAAGCCUGGUGAAGUUAGUAGGCUGCUGUCUGAAUUCUGGAAUAUUUUGAGUAAAGCUCGAGACGAAGGAGUGUACUUGCUUAACCUAUCUUCUCAUGAUGGGAGGAAGAUCUUGAGUUCUUCGUUUGAUAAAAGUGAGUAUGAUAAUGUACUCAACUUUUUAGGGGUUAAACCAGUGACCGUUGAUUGGUAUGCAAAGUGCAUCCAGAGUUCUAAUCUUGUGGAUGGUGUAUCAGAAGAUCUCUAUCUUCAACUUUUACUGUUUCUUGCUAAAAACUGGUCUUCAAGAUUUAAGGGAACAAACAUUAAUAGCAUUCCAUUGAUAAAAUAUGUGGCUUCUGAUGGAACUCCAUCCUCUUUCAGUGUUUAUGAAUGCACAAUGCACGCGAAGCGAGUAGUAAUGACAGAUUCAAGUCAGUCUAAUGCUUGUUCUUGGCUGAUCAAUUGGAACAAGGAAUUUUCAUGUGCAGGAAACCGGUUUUUUAUGCCAGAAAGCACGCAAAAGGCUAUCUUGAGAUUGGCCCAGAAGCAGACUUUGAUGGAAUGGCUUGCAAAUGACGUUUCUGUUACUAAUUUGAACGUGUACAGUUUUGCCAAUGUCCUCUGCAGUUCUCUUAAAAAUAACAGCAAACAUGCCAUUACAUAUGCUCAUUUUUUGUACCACUCUUUAUCAAUGAAGUAUUUGUCAAAGCGGGAGGUUGAUAGUCUAUGUAGCUCUAUGCCACUUGUUGACAACUAUGGGUGUGUCAUAGAAACAAGAAAGGGGGUUCUUGUGCCUGCAAAUGUUAGCAAAUGGGCAGACUUAAUUGUUUCUAAUCCUUGGAGGAAGGAAAAUUAUGUUGAGCUCGGAAAGGAGUACCUAAAUACCUCAUCUUAUGCAGGCCAAUUUACAGGUUCCGGAAAGCUUAUUGAUUUCCUCACAACUCAUGUUGAAGCUUCUGACAUUCCUCAUAUAUCUCCACCAAAUGCUGGGUUUUCAGCUGUUGACACACCACUUACCAAAAACAAUGCCUUUUUGCUUUUGGAUUGGAUUCGGAAUCUGAAGCACAGGGGAGUGCACCUUCCAGAGAGGUUUUUGGAAUGUAUAAAAGAUGGCAGCUGGCUUAAAGUUAUCGUUAAUGGAUACAGUCCUCCUUCAAAGUCGUUCUUAAUUCGCUCGCCAUUGGGGAAAAUUUUGCAAAGUGGUUCGGUGCUUGUUGAUAUCCCCCUCAUUGAUGAGAGCUUCUAUGGGGAUAGAAUAAACAAGUAUGAAGAGGAGUUGAAAACAAUUGGAGUGAUGUCCAGUUGUGAGGAAGCAUGUAAAUUCAUUGGAAGAGAACUGAUGUCUCGCGCAUCUUCCUUCACUUUAAGUAAGAAUCAUGUCCUUUUGAUGCUUAAAUUCAUCCAAUAUCUCAGGAGAAGUCUUCUCCCAUUGGACAAAUUUGUGAACAGCAUCAGAGAUGAACCUUGGCUAAAGACAUCUGAAGGUCUUAGGUCUCCUGUUGGAUCUGUUUUGAAUGAUUCCGGAUGGAAAGUAGCAUCACAAAUUAGUAAUAUCCCUUUUAUUGAUCAAGCUUACUUUGGUGAGGAAAUAUAUAGCUACAAAGAGGAGCUGAAGUUGUUGGGAGUGGUAGUUGGCUUUAAUAGAAAUUACCAAAUUGUUAUCAAGCACUUAUCACCCUCAAAUUUGGCCUCUUUGACAGCUGAGGCUGUUCUUUUGAUAAUGCAAUGCAUCAAAUUCUUGGAUGACCCUAGUAAAAUCUUAAGUUCAUUGAAAGGAACAAGAUGCUUGAAGACAAACAUGGGCUUCAAAAUACCAAGUGAAUGUUUCUUGUAUGACCAGACGUGGGGCUGCAUUUUGGAUGUAUUCAAUGCCCUUCCUGUGAUUGAUCAUAAAUUCUAUGGAGAUAAUAUUUUCUCUUACAAAAAUGAACUGAAAAAAAUCGGUGUAGUUGUUGAUUUUGGAGAUGCUAUCAACAUAUUUGCUUCUCUCUUCAAACAGAAGGCAUCCCAAGCUUCAUUUAAUCAAGAAAAUGUCAUGUCAUUUCUUUCAUGUUGUAGACUGCUGAAGGGGACUGUUUAUAGAUUUCCUUCUGAUUUUUCUACCAUUAUACAUAAUCAGAAGUGGCUGUAUACUAAGGUUGGUUGUUAUGCAUGCCCAAAACAAUGCAUUUUAUAUGGUCCGGAGUGGAAAUCUAUAUCUUCGAUUACUUGUCUCCCUUUCAUUGACGACAGUGACAAAUUUUAUGGUACGGCUAUACAUGAAUACAAGGAAGAACUGAAGAACCUUGGUGUUGUUACUGAAUUGAAACAUGGUGUGAGGUUUGUGCCUAAAUGUCUGAAUUUUCCUUCAGAUCCCUCCACCAUUACUCCUGAAAGUGUGUUUUCUUUGCUGGAAUGCAUCCAAAGUUUAUAUGAAGAGCAUAAGCUUUCCAUUGAUGAUGAGUUCAGAAAGAGAUUGUCCAGAAAUUGGUUGAAGACACAUGCUGGUUAUAGGCCUCCAGGGAUGUGUUUGCUGUUUAAUUCCAAGUGGAGUUCUUUCUUUAAUCCAACUGAUGGGCCUUUUAUUGAUGCAAAUUUUUAUGGACCUAAAAUAGCAUCUUUCCAGAAAGAAUUCAAUGCAAUCGGUGUCACCACUGACCUAGAGAAAGGAUGCUCCUUGCUUGCCGGUCACCUUGAGAUUCUCUCUGACAGUGAGACUAUUGCCAAAAUAUACAGGUACUUGUCUGAAUACAACUGGAAACAUGAGGAUAAAGCUGCCAAGAAAAUUUGGAUUCCCAAUGGAACUGAAGGUGGACAGUGGGUCCGAUCUGAAGAAUGCAUCAUACAUGACCCUGAUAAGCUUUUUGGUUUAAAAUUCUAUGUUCUUGAAGAUAUCUAUGAUGGGAAGCUUUUUCCCUUUUUUACCUUUGCCAUGAAAGUCAGGGCUAAACCCUCACUUGAUGAUUAUGUUGAUCUUUGGAAUGAAUGGGAGAGUUCAUUGGAAGAAUUGUCGUAUGACAAGUGCUGGAAAUUCUGGAUGUUUAUCCUGAAACAUUUGGGCACAAAUACUGAGAAGAAACUUUCUGAGAGGUUGAGCAAACUACCUGUAACAACAGGAAGCAAAGAGAUAUUUCUGCUGGACAAGAAAGAUGUUUUUAUACCUGAUAACCUUCAUCUGAAGAAGCUUUUUGAGCAGGAGAAGAUUUUUGUGUGGUAUCCUCAGCAGGACUUUGGGCCUUCGUCCAUUUCUAAGUUAUAUGACAUCUACAGAAAAAUCGGUGCUCGAAAUAUAUCUGAAUCACUAUGCAAAGAAGAAUCUUCCUUGCUGAACGAUGGUGUUGAAAUGGUGCAAGUUGAUCAUAAUGGUAUUCUUUUCAACUUAAAAGGUUUGAUUAAGCUCAUUCUUGGUUUCCUUGCUUGUUCUAGCCUGAAGAUGGAACCAGACAAGAGGCAUGAAGCUGUUCAAGGUCUUCUCAACCUGAGUUUCCUUGAGACAAAGGUCCCGGUCACGGUAAGCUAUAAUCUAUCACUGUCAUCAGGGGACAUCAUUACAAAGAAAGAUGACAAAAUGGUACGCUGGGAAAGGCAAAGUUCCAAGUUUUUCAUCCAGAAGUUGGAUGAGCCUCGGGGAAAUGCACUGAAAUAUGCGACAUAUUUCUCUGAAACAAUAUCAGAAGGUGUUUUGUCUGAGAAUCAUGAUUUUGUUCCUGCCCUAUCUGAAUUGAUCACAUUGGGUUUUGUGCUGAAAUUCAAGAAUGAAGAUAUUGAAUUUCUGAUGGAAUCCAAAAACAUGCAGAUUUUCUGGGAAGAUGAGAAGCUCCUCAGUUCUGCCUUCCCUUCUGACUGAGUAUUCUGCAUAGGUUUUAAGUUUACUUGUUACUAUGUCUGUCUCUUUACAAUGUUUUAAGUUUUCUUGUUCAUUUAACUUUGUUCUCUUUUCCAAUGUUUGUGAGACUAUGUUAAAGCACCUUUGUUAUUAUUAUUGUAUCACUGAAUUACUUAUGAGUACCUGUCAACAAUAUUUUGCUUCCUUCAACUAUA